AUGCACUAUAUCGCUGUCCCGCUACUUCCGCAAGUAGCUUUGCGAGAAUGUGUACCAGAGAACUACACCUGGUCCAUUGUUAUGACAAGGCAGACGACGGCACCAAAGAAACGCGACAAACUUUCAAAGCGAGAUCAGUCCAAGACGUACCGUCCGCCGGUACCGUGGGACGGGCGACAUAUGCCCGAACGGACGCGUCACUUGUACUUCAUUCAGACGUUUAAUUUUCCUCCAGAAUACUGA